AUGAUCAUUGCACGUCUUAGAUCAAGAGGUGAAGUUGUACUUGCUGUCGCAACAUCAGGUAUCGCAUCACUGUUGCUUCCAUCUGGUAUGACUGCACACUCCAGAUUUAAAAUCCCAUUAGAACUAACUGAAGAGUCCAUCUAUUACAUAAAGAAGAAGUCAAACCUAUGUAAUUUUCUUUUGCAAACCACUCUAAUAAUAUGGGACGAGGCUCCAAUGAGUGAUCGCAAAUAUUUUGAAUCCAUGGAUAAGAUACUUAAGGAUUUAACAUCAAUCACUUCACAAUAUUUUGGCGAAAAAUCAGUUUUACUAGGAGGCGACUUCAGGCAAACAUUACCAGUAAAACCUAAAAGAACAAAAGCUGAGGUUAUUGCGGCUUGCAUAUCCAAUUCAUACUUAUGGAAACAUCUUACUGUGUAUAGGCUCACUGAAAACAUGCGUAUAGAAUCUCUUUCAACAACCUCAACCAUAGGAGCACAGUUGCAAAAUUUUUCAGAAUGGCUCCAAAGAAUAGGGGACGGGAAGGAAGGUCUCUUCGUGGAUUUUGCAGAAUCUGACAUCAGAAAGAUAGAAAUACCACCCGAGUUCAUACUGAAGGAGCCGAAUGAUGGCCUUCAAAAUCUGAUUUCUUUCAUCUAUGAUGCUCAACUACUAGCAAACCCAUCACCAGCUGCAAUAUCAGAGCGUGCUAUUAUAUGCCCAAAGAACGACACAGUUUACGAGAUAAAUGACUUAGUUGAUGCAAUGCCACCUGGGGAAUGCACCUCAUAUUUUAGCACUGAUUCAAUGGUUCCACAUUCAAAGAUUGGGAGCGAGAUAGAUGCUAUGUACGCACCUGAAUACUUAAAUGUGCUUAAUUUCAAUGGGAAUGGGGAUCUAGGCUUUUGUGAAAGAAAAGCUGCAAAACUCUUGACUGAAAACUACGCCUACAAACAUGCUAUCGAAUAA